AUGAAAAAUAAAGGAAAGGCUGUUGAAGGUGUUAGUGAAAUUUCUGAAAGAUCAAUUGUUCCAUCUUCUGUUUCUGAAUCACCUAUUCAGAAUCCUCGUCCAAUAUCUGUUGUUUCCGGUAUUUUUGAGGAAGACGUGUUGAUUGAUGAUGUUAUUGAUGAUGAGGAAGAGAUCGAGGAGGAUGAUGAUGAAGAGGAUGAUAAUGAAGACAAGACAGAUGAUGCAGACGAUGUAUUCUCUGCUAGCAGCCAUAGUGAUGAUGAUGAUGACGAUGGUCAAGCGGCACAGCCUGAGGAUGUUACAGGAGAGGGGGAGAACGUUGAUGAACAGAACGUUGAUAAAAGAGAAAAGUUUAUUUUGCGUCUAGAGCCUGAAGUUGAAGAAGGAGAAAUCAGGCAUACUUACACCAUGAACGAUAUUAUUGAGAUGACGCGUAUUGAUGAUCCUAACAUCAAGUUUGACUUUGAAGAAGAUUUGAAUGCAUUUGAUAUGAAUCAGCAGCCUGAGUAUCAGUACAAGUAUGUUGAGGAAGCUGAUAACUAUGAUCGAGUUGAGGUUGAAGACUGCAGCGAUGAAGAAAAUACGAAUGUUGAUACUUCAAAAUUUCCAACGCUGGUUGAGUUUUUCAGUCAUGAGAACGUCGAUGAGUUGAGAAGGAAAGUUGCAGAAUGUUUGAAAGAUAAAAACUUUGAUUGGACGACGAAAUAUGCACAGCGCGAAGAACGCAAGAAGUGGUUUAGAAAGAAUACUGAAAGAAAAUUCAAACGUCCACUCAAAUUUUAUAAGAGAGAUAGAGAAGUAUCACUUGGUGACAUUAUCAGCUGGGGAUUUCUGCCACAAGUUAAUGUGUAUGAUGUUCGAUGA